AUCAGAUGAUGAUUGGUCAAUCACACAUGCCUUUAUCUUUUUGUUUUCUUCGCCUUCUCCGUAUGCCCAUGCUUUCCUGAUGCUUUAAUCCAUGUAUUUAUGUAUGUGUAUGCUUACAAGCCAAGGAACUCCAAUAUGAAACCCUUUUAGUUUGGCUCUUGGUUGGUUGUACAGUAGGAGUAUUAUACUAGCUGCAGCUCCUCGUGGAGUGAUUCUUCUGUUUUGGCUCCAUGUAGGGUUUUUUUUUUCAACCGAAUCAGUAGAUAGAUUCUUCUAAAUAAAUUCUACUCCCAGAUUUCAUAUGGACUAUAUAUGGAGGAGCAAAAUGAGUGAAUCUACACUCUAAAAUGCAUCUAUAUACAUCCAUAUGUGGUCCAUAGUGAAAUCUUUAUAAAGACUUAUAUUUAGAAACGGAGGGAAUAGUACUAUUAGAUUAUAAACCUGAACUUAUAAAUCAAGUUAUUGACACCCAAAAGGAAAUUGCAGUGAUCAAAUGGCAGCCGAGUCCUCUGUUCCACAAACUUCCUCUGAAUCGGCUGCUCACAAGAUGGGCUUCUUCAGAGUCCCUGAUCUUCUUGUCAAACUGAGCACCAAAUGUUUGAUUGAGUUGGAUGCUGUCCGCAGCCCAACAUCCCCCUUAGACCUGAAAUUGUUCACAGGCCUUGCUACCAAAUCACCCAGAUCGUCCUUCCUUGAUGCCGGCGCAGCCAGCCAGAACCAAAAGAUCUUGCUUGGGGACAGGGUUGGCCUUGGACUGGUGGAUUCUCUCAGUGAUGAAAACAACCCCACACCCUUGGGCAGCAGGAAGGUUCUCCUUGGAUCUGAGAUGAGGAUUACUGACAACUUAACUCGAAAGAACAGCUCCACUGCUCCUAAUCAAGCUGGACUGCUUGAACAGAAAGAUGAGAAUAUGAGUGAUGGACUCAACGGUAGUAUCAUGUCCCUGGAUGACAUUGUCAAUUCAGAGGAUUACACCUGUGUUGUUACCCGUGGUCCGAACCCUAGAACUACCCACAUUUUUGGAGACCGUGUUUUUGAGUUUCAAGCCGAGCAACUGAUCCCUGAUGAGGGUGGGUGUGAGGAGAGUUUGGCCCCUCAUCUGAAUGGGGAUACCAUGAGCUUCUGUUGUUUUUGCGGUGACAAGCUCAAAGAAGGGAAAGACAUCUAUAUCUACCAGGGUGACAAAGCCUUCUGCAGCAUGGAGUGCAGGGAGAACUUCAUGGAAGAUGAGAUGGAAGGUGAACCUUCGAUAGGUCACUCUGAUCCCAGCGGCCCAUCCUUUGACAAUCGUCGCAUUUUCCACCUGAUCCAGUGAGCGAGCGAGCAUCAGUAAACACUUGAUGUGGUCGUAUCUGAAGUGCUGUCUGAGGUUAAUAAGCUGCAGCCAUGGAUGUGAUCAUGCUGAUCAAGUUUUUGCGUGAAGAUUUUGUCUGCUGCGGCAACUGAUGAAUUUACCCCGCUUAAUGAUUUCUUUAUUUUCGUUACCUGGAUCCUCAAAUUUUUGGAGGAGCCUGAACGAUGACUGUGCUUCCGGUCAUAUUAUUAUUUUGAUCGGAAAAGGGUGUGUGCGUGUGUUUGCCUGAACCUCAAUUUCAAUUGGACGUCAUUUUGUCGACUCCUAUUGAGUAUUGUGUCAUGUAUCUGAACCUAAGCUUCUACAUGUAUUUGCAUGUGGUACACAAUAAUAUUUGAGUAUACUAUCUUGUUCA